CGCGGGGCUCCGCGGCGGCCUCGGCGCGCCGGCGCCGCGCCGCGCCGCGGCCGCGGGGGCUUCGACGGGCCCUGGGCGCCCGAGGCCCAGGUGAGGGUGCCCACGGACCUCUACCAGCUCCUCGGCGUUCGAAGGACGGCGGCGUCCAGCGAGAUCAAGACCGCCUACAGGGCCAAGCUGAAGAUCAGCCACCCGGACGUUGCCGGCGAGGAGAGCGGCGAGCUCAUGAUCCUCCUGAACGACGCGUACCGGGUGCUCUCGGACCCAGACGAAAGAAGCCUGUACGACGUGACUCUCGCCAGGCGCGACCCCACGAAGCCAAAGGUUGAGAUCUGCAAGGAUCUCGGGCCCACGUGGACGCGCUCCCCUCACGCGCUGAAGGAGGAGCCCACCUGGACGGGCACCCCCCGCUCGCUGUCCAAGUGGGACAAGCGGCCGCCCGAGGAGCGCGGCGAGAUGUGGGAGAAGCGGAUGUUUGCGUACGUCGACCCCUACAGCUGCAUCUCCUGCCUGAACUGCACCACGGCGGCGCCCCACACCUUCUGCAUGAACGCCAAGAGCGGGAAGGCCCGCGCCUUCGCCCAGUGGGGGGACGCAGAGUGCGAGAUCCACUGGGCCAUCGAGGCCUGCCCAGUGGACUGCAUCUCUUGGGUCGAGCGCGAAGACCUGCAGUGUCUCGAGCACGUGACAGCUCAGAGGCUGUUCGACACCAACUACCACAUGGAGUGCGCGAUGCAGGUCAGGCAGGGCACCCAUUUCUCUGGGGACGACGUCUUCGCCUGGGCCGAGAGCUUCAAGGCGAAGGUGCGGGCAGAUGAGAAGAGGGCGAACUCCGAGAGUGCCGCCUCCGCCAGCGACCGGGCGACGGCUCUGGAGAAGAGGACCUGGCGGCGACGACGACG